UCGCUGAAGUUGGGGCGGCUGUACCGCUACGUGAAGCUGGCGGUGCUGGGCAGCCUGGCGGCGGCGCUGGUGCUGAACACGCACUCGCUGCUGGCCUCGCUGCAGCGCAACGAGCUGUCGGAGCGGCGCUUCCUGCAGCUCAAUAAGUGCCCGGCCUGCUGGGGCACCAGCUGGUGCCGCAAGUUCCUCAACGGGCAGCUGCGGCUGGAGAGCUGGGGCCGCCUGCGCCUCUUCGACUUCUUCAACGUCAAGAACGUCUACUUCGCGCGCUACGGGGAGCCCCGCGAGGGCAGCCGCCGCGUCGUCCUCAACCCCGUCCCGGCCGAGCGCCCUCCGGGGCCCUUCCUCCCCCGCCGUGGCCGGCGUCUCCGCCGCGCCGGGCGCUCGCGGCUGCGCCUCUGGGCGGGGGAGAGCCGGGCUCCUGGGAAGCUGGCCGCAGAAGCAGGGGCGAAACGCUGGGGGCUUCCCCUGGGUCUUUGCCCUCCCAGGGACUCUUGUGUAAAGAUGCCGGCCGGCUGGGCCGAGGAGAGGGCCUCCGGGUCCCACGCUGGGCAGGAGGCGUUUCUUCAUCUCACUCGGCCUCACAGCUUGUCUUUCUUCCUCAGAGACUUGGUGCGUUUUCCUGGUUUGUCUUCCUCCUCGGCGCUGCCGUGCCUCAAGGCUUUAACUCGUUCUCCGUCCUUCCUGCCUUUCUCAUCUAGGCAGGGAGCUCCCUGUCUGUUCCGUAGCAAGCGGUGCAAGGAAGCAUCUAUUCCGCAGGAAGCAAGGCGGGGUGGCAUGCUGUGGAACUCGUUGUGUGCGCAGACCAGAAAUUUGUGCUUCAACAUGUUAUGUAAAUUUUUAGGUGAAAAAUUUAGUUUUCCAUCUGAUGAGGGUUGGCCGUUUGCAAAGUACUUAGGAGCAUGUGGAAGAAUGGUGGCUGUCAAUUACGUUGGAGAAGAGCUGUGGAGUUACUUUAAUGCACCAUGGGAGAAACGAGUGGAUCUGGCCUGGCAAUUAAUGGAAAUAGCUGAGCAGCUGACAAAUAAUGACUUUGAAUUUGCACUCUACCUCCUUGAUGUCAGCUUUGACAACUUCGCAGUUGGACCAAGAGAUGGGAAAGUUAUCAUUGUAGAUGCAGAAAACGUUCUGGUAGCAGACAAAAGGUUAAUCAGACAGAAUAAACCUGAAAACUGGGAUGUAUGGUAUGAAAGCAAAUUUGAUGACUGUGAUAAAGAAGCUUGUCUGUCCUUCUCAAAAGAGAUUCUUUGUGCUCGUGUCACUGUGGACCACAAUUACUAUGCUAUUUGUCAGAACCUUUUAUCAAGACAUGCCACGUGGCGUGGCACUUCUGGAGGACUACUUCAUGACCCCCCAGCUGAAAUUGCCAAAGAUGGCCGACUUGAGGCCUUGCUGGAUGAGUGUGCCAACCCAAAGAAGCGAUAUGGUAGAUUCCAAGCUGCAAAAGAACUGCGUGAAUACCUUGCACAAUUGAGUAACAAUGUGAGGUAGUCCACAGUGAAUUUUUUUUGCAACACUGGCUAAAACACUAUUGCAAAGACACAUAGAAAAUGAAGUUUUGAACUUAUGUAUUAAAAAGAGAAAAUAAAAAAAACCCAAACCUAGAUUAUCAGUUUUCUAAAUACCAUAAAAAUAUAAUUUUAUGGUGUUAUAUUGUUCCUUUGCAAACAGACAAGGUACUUACUGAAGUAAAACUUGAGCUACUAUUGACUCUCCUCCCUAACUAUUUAAAAGGGAGCAGGUCAAAAAAGACUGUGAUAGCUUAAUUGACAGCUUGUGUGUCAAAGGGUACUUCACAUAAAACAGCAUUAGUGUCACAGUUUUGUGAAGCUGAUGUUCUUACUUGGAAAGUCAAGUUAGACUGAUGGCCUGUUUUAAAGGCCUUUCUCCUGACAUCUUUGUCUCAUUUUUGUGUUUGUUUAAACACCUUGAAGUGGCAUUUACAUCCAGGUAAAUCUAGGUGUCUGCAUUGUUUCAAAUUUAAUGGGCUUUCAUGUUAAUGCUGUGCAGUACACUCCUACUGUGAGUGCAGGAUUCCCAUGUUUACUGUCUAAUUUUAGGGGUUUUACACUGUAUUUUACUAUGCUUAAACAUUAUGGUGUUUU